AUGCAUCUGAUCAACACGGCGACAUUGGAGCUCGAGGAGAAAGAAAAGAAGGGCUUUCUCAAGAUCGAAUCGUUCUGCCAGCUAGCCUCGCAGAACGGAUACACCCAUGCUUGGGUAGACACCAACUGCAUCGACAAGCGCAGCUCCGCCGAGUUAUCGGAAGCUAUCAACUCUAUGUUUGCCUGGUACCGAGAAGCAGCGUUUUGUUACGUUUAUAUGGCCGACGUAUCAAUCUCAAGCAAGACCAUUGAUCAGCGCGACCUGAAGAUCCAGUUUCUAAACAGCAAAUGGUUUACUCGUGGCUGGACUUUGCAGGAGCUUAUUGCCCCCCGCCGCAUCAACUUUUACACUCAGGAUUGGACACUUCUUGGAACAAAACGAAGUUUGCUUGACGUAAUACAUCGAGCAACCGGAAUUAAUAAAGAAUGUCUCUUAGGCCAUGCAUCCCCUUCCGACUUCAGUGUUGCCGCAAUCAUGUCUUGGGCCGCUAGCCGUGUUACAACUCGCUUCGAAGAUCAAGCGUACUGUCUCCUCGGUCUCUUCGGUGUCAACAUGCCGCUUCUCUACGGAGAGGGCGGCAAGGCUUUCCUGAGGCUUCAAGAGGAGAUAAUCAGGGUCUCUGAUGACCAGAGCAUCUUCGUCUACGACAUACCCACCCUGUCUAUGACGGCACCCUUGGCCAAUUCACCUGCGCUCUUCGCUGAUUCUCUGGACGUCGGCCGCAGGCCCCGUCUGAUAACUCCGAUGGACACGAUGCCACAAUUGCAUACGAUGACUCACGCUGGUCUUUCGAUAUCCUUGCCAUUAAUCCAGACCUUGUCAUCCAUGUUGGUUCUGGGCGUUUUGAACUGCAGAACGCUUCAGGGGUCUAUCGACAACUGUAUUUGCCUACCUUUAUCAUCUCACGUCAGCCGUUACCGGCGCCAGUACCUUCGAGUAUCGCUUCCUGCUCCAUGGAUAUCACUGAGUCUGUCUUCGGUAAACUCCCUUCUUCCCAAGCAUGAAGAAGACGGGACCCAUCACAGUGAUUGGUGCUCGGAUCUUACACCCGAAGAAUCAACGAACAUCAUGAUCUCCAUGCUACGUCCGGUGCAACGGGAAUACCUCUCGACCUGGGGCUUUGGUCAUUUCGAACAAAUGGUGGGAGAGAGCGCAAGGGUCUUUUGCUUCGUCACAUUCCCCCGUGGCCUUUUUGGCCAUCGUCUUUACGCAUCAGACCCACCUGAGACACUGGAUGAAAAUACUAGUAUGAUGGUCAUGCUUGGCCAAGGAAAAUAUGAUGAAGAGGGUCGCGGCCUUCUUGUAUUCAAGGAAAAGAGCUCCGGACUUGGAGAAACCGGCAGAUACAUUGGUGUCUAUCUCGAAGCGGCAUUGGACAACACAGGCGCUUUGCAAGACUGGCCUCGAGCAUGCCGCGUAUUACCGUACUGGAAUAUCCGUGAUGGUCUCAAUGCAGGUACACAGUUCAACGAAAGCUUUCCGCCCAGUCAAGCAAGCUGGGUUGGGAAUACGAUGGCCUCAAUGAGGACUGUGGUACCGGUUAAACCCGCCUUCACGGCAUCAAUGAAAGUCGUGUUACUUGUGGAAAUUGUCUUCGACGUGGCCCAGCGUCGAGAUUCUCGAGAACGAAUGGGUUUUGUCACUAAUUCAUCGUAG